AUGACUUCAGCAAACCCCCCACCGAACGCUAAACUUGCCCAACGUAUCCAACGCCUAAUGGCAGUAGGCUACUCAGGCAUGGGCUCAUGGUGUCUCCUAUUCCCAUCAACAGUAAUUGGGCUCUCCCUUGUACCAAAAUACGCCACAACAGAAUACACACCAACACUUCUAAUGCGCUGUUUCGGCGCUCAAGCGACAACUUGUGGCGUACUGCUCGGUACGGCUAACAUGACGCCGAAGAGUUUCGUGGCGUUUGGCCUUGCUAUGAUUCCUUAUCUGGGGUUUAAUUAUUGGUUUGGGGUUGGUCCUGGGAAAGGGGUAUUUACUUCUUUGCUGUGGUUGGAUUUUGUGGGGAAUGUUACUUUUUGCGCUGGUUCGUUUUAUUGUGCUUGGUUGUUGGGACGGGAUGAGGAGGAGGUGGAGGGGGGUGGUCGGUUGAGGAAGGAUGAGUGA